AUGCCUCGUAAACUCAGCAGUGGGACAACUCGUAGCCUGGGGUUGUGGUCAUUGGUGCCAGCUACUGGCCAUGGUUUUUAUGGGCGUCCAUGGAGCAUGGAACAGAGAAAGGAGCUGUUCAGAAGAAUGCGCAAGUGGGGAUUAAAUACAUACCUAUAUGCACCAAAGGAUGAUUAUAAGCACAGAAUGUUCUGGCGGGAGAUGUACUCUGUUGAAGAAGCAGAACAACUGAUGCAGUUAAUUUCUGCUGCAAAAGAGCACAAUAUUGAGUUUGUUUAUGCCAUAUCACCUGGACUGGAUAUCACUUUUUCAAAUCAGAAGGAGGUUGCAACUCUUAAACGCAAAUUGGAUCAGGUGUCACAGUUUGGUUGCAAGUCCUUUGCGCUGUUAUUUGAUGACAUUGACCACAAUAUGUGUCCAGCGGAUAAAGAGGUCUUCAGUUCAUUUGCACAUGCACAACUUUCUGUUACUAAUGAGAUCUAUCAGUAUUUGGAAGAGCCAGAACACUUUUUAUUCUGUCCAACUGAAUACUGUGGAACCUUUUGCUACCCCAAUGUUGCCCAUUCUCCAUACCUCAGGACAGUUGGAGAGAAACUUCUUCCUGGCAUUGAUGUACUGUGGACAGGUCCAAAAGUAGUGUCGAAAGAUAUCUCCGUGGAAUCCAUUGAGGAAGUCACCAAAAUAUUGAAGAGGUCUCCUCUCAUCUGGGACAAUCUGCAUGCCAAUGAUUACGAUCAAAAGCGCCUCUUCCUUGGACCGUACAAAGGGCGGUCAACUGAGCUCAUUCCACGGUUGAAAGGAGUAUUGACAAACCCUAACUGUGAAUUCGAAGGGAACUUCGUUGCAAUUCAUACGCUGGCUACAUGGUACAAAUCCAACAUGAAUGGUGUGCGGAAGGAUGUUGUAAUGACUGACACGGAAGAGAGCACUGUAUCCAUCCAGAUCAAACUUGAAAAUGAAGGCAGUGAUGAGGAGAUAGAAAUGGAUGUCUUAUAUAGCCCUCAAAUGGCUUUGAAGAUGGCCAUAUCAGAAUGGAUGCAGGAGUUUGGAGUGCCACAUCAAUAUAACUGCCGAACAGUCCCUCACAGUGGUGCAAAGACAAACUCGAUUGAUGUGGGAGGGAUCGACACACCUUGCCUGAACUCCUCUACAACAGUGACCACAGUCUACCAGCAGCCCAUCAUGAGUCAGGGAAGUCCACUGAGUGGUGAGCCAGCCUUACUGGCCAAGGAAGAGGAGGAGAAAAAGCAGCAGUCUGAUGAAGAGCCAAUGGAGAUGGCAGUAGAGAAACCAGAUGAGCAAGAAACCAAAAACGUUAAUCAGAUCCUUACAGACAUUGUCAAAGCCAAAAUGUCUGAGGAUCUCAAACCUAUGGAGAUGGACAAAGACAGUAUUGCUGAAUCAAAGUCUCCUGAGAUCUUUAUGCAGGAAGACUCAGGAAGUGAUAUAGCACCAAUGCAGACAGAUGAGCAGAUGAACAAGGAGCAGUACAUCCCAGGUCCCAAUGAGAAGCCGUUGUAUACUGCUGAGGCUGUGACUUUGGAAGACCUGAACCUCUUGGCUGAGAUGUUUUAUCUGCCGUAUGAGCAUGGACCCAAAGCUGUUCAAAUGUUGAGGGAAUUCCAAUGGCUUCGGGCAAACAGUAGUGUCGUUAGUGUGAACUGUAAAGGGAAAGAUGCUGAGAAGAUUGAGAAAUGGCAUUUCAGAGCUACCAAAUUUGAAGAAAUGUGCUGCAGCCGCUUGUUGCCCAUUGAAGGGGCAAAUGACCUCUUCUACCAGCCACCACCACCCAUGCCGACAUCAAAGGUCUACGCUAUCAGGCCGUACUUUCCAAAAGAUGAGGCCUCUGUGUAUAAAAUCUGUAAGGAGAUGUAUGAUGAUGAAAUGGAUGGUGACACAAUGUCUGAUCAGCCAGAUAUUAUUGGCGACAGUUUGGUGGGUGGACUUCUGACACUGAGCCCAGAUUACUGCUUCGUGUUGGAAGAUGAGGGCAGUAUAUGUGGUUAUGCCCUUGGAACCGUGGAUGUGAAACCAUAUGCCAGAAAGUGUAAAGUUUCCUGGAUACCUGCUAUGCGGGAGAAGUACGUUAAACCAGAAGCUAAUAAGGAACUCUCAGAAGAACAGAAAAUGAUGCUGAGCUUCCAUGAAGAGCAGCAAGGCUUGCCAGAAAACUUCCUCGCCACCUUUCCCUCCUUAAUUAAGGUGGACGUGCACUCGAAAGUGACGGAUCCUAGUGUUGCUAAAAGGUCUCGAGGAGCAUUCUGUGAAGUAAAACCCAACGACAGACGGGGUUUGGAGUUCUACAGCAAACUGGGCUUCCUGGAGUUGGCCAAGAUGGAGGGAUUCCCAAAAGAAAUGUUGGUGCUGGGAAGGAAUUUGUAA